AACCGGCCACCGAAGAGCUGGCCGAUCUCGAGGUGGACGGCUCGGUGACGUUCCAGAGGAUGGGCGACGAGCGCCACCCUUACUACGAUGUUCAUCUACGGCAAUUGCAUUUGCGGAGCCAGCCUCGUCGCCAGCUGAACCUCCUCUACUCGGGGCUGAAGGCGAACAUCCUACCGAUGGGCAUGCACCGGCUUAUCAUGUGCGAGAACGGGAGGCUGACUACAGAGCGGUUUGACGCGCCCGAUCCAACGCCGGCUGUCGACUUCCACAUACAUGCCGUCGUCGUGACGAAGUUCUCACUCAACUGGACCGAGCAGACGCGUAGCGUGGAGUUGCCCUUCGAGAUUGACCUGGUCGACGACGGCUGCCUGCAAAUCGUGGGCAACUACACGGAGCUGAACGUCUACGAGAAUACGCGCGUCGAGACCCUGGUCAUCGACCUCUAUCGUAUGGUCACCCCCAUUGAACUGUCGAUUGAUGGUCUCCAGUGGAAGCCGGACGUCUUCUAUGACGUCACGAAACUCUGCCUCAUCCCCCGCGCCGCCAACCACCAACCCUUGAUCGUCGUUGAAUUCUGCAAACACGGUGAUCUCCUACGAUUCAUCCGUAAGAACAAAGGCAGCAUUCUAAAGGACGAGCAUUCCACAUCCAGCGACUACGAGCACAUACUUACCAUCAAAGAGCUUGUGUCUAUUGCUUGGCAACCCAUGGAAAUGAUCGAACACCUCGAGGAGGGCCAUCGCCCCAAGCAGCCUAUAAAGUGUCCUAACGAGUGCUACGCCCUGAUGAAGCAGUGUUGGGAGUUCAAGGCCGACUUGAGACCGACUUUUGACGACUUGAGGUUGAGGUUGGCUGUGUUGCUGAACAUGGGCGACGAGCAGUACGAAAACGACUACGAACGUGCCAAGAAGAAGCAUUCUACUCCAACUUCUGCUACCUGUAGCCCAAGUCCAUCUUUUACCCGGCAGCACCCACUAGAAGUGGAGGAUCCUGAAGAAUUUCUGCAACGAGCAUACGCGAGAGAUAAACUGGAUCUAAACUCAGAUUGGCACAAACGAGCACCAGCCUUUGAGGCCAUAUCUGAGGUUCAAGGCCCGUCGGGUGGAUAUGUGAAUGUUGAAAAACGGACGCAGGAACCGAUAUUAGCUUCGAUUGCCGGAUCAUCGGAUGCGCGGGAAGAGGAACAUGGCGUAGCGGAGCAUACUGUAGCGUUUUCAAUACGCGAUGAGCAAGUCCGAGAACAUCGAAGACGACUUGGCGAGGACGAGAAUUCCAGUUCAUCCGAUGAGGGUGAAGAGGAGCAUGGCGUAGCCGGACGUGCGAGAGCGUUCUCAAUACACGACGAAGAAGUGCCGGAAAAUCGAAGACGAUCCCGCAAAUCUAAGGAUUCCGUAUCAUCAGACGAGGGUGAAGAGGAGCUUGGUGUAGCAGAGCGUAGCGUAACGGAAGGUCACGUAACCGUACCGAUUGAACAAGAGAUGCCAGAAAUCAGAAGAACAUCUCGAAAUGGGUCCUCAUCAAGCGGGGGAGGGAAUGAAACGGAUGUGGAGUCGGGAAUGGACAUUGAGAUGUGUGAACGGGGCCGUCACCGCAGCCGCACAGCCUCGUCAUUAGUCCUCUUUCGGCCGGUCCCACCACGAUUACGUACCCAUUCUGUCGGUCUCCAAAGGGACGACAUUCCCCCCGAACAA